UUUGAGUAGAUGUAUGUGUGUCUGCGUGUGUGUCCUCUCUCACACAAGUUUACUACAAUUUAGAAUCUUGUCCUCUAUCCCCGGAAUGGCAACAGCUGCCCCGAAUCCAGAGGACUCGACCCGUGGCGGAAGCGGAGGGUCCAGUUCAGCUAGCUCCCUCGCAGGGGAUGGAGACACGGAAGAGGCCGAGGAUUUCACGUCGUCCUCCCAUUGCUCGGAGCUGUCUCGGCGGCAGAACGAGCAAAGGAAGCAGGGGCUUUUCUGUGAUGUGACAUUGGCCUUCAGCAGUGGGGCGGCUGGCGCUCAGAACUUUGAGCUAGCAGCCCACCGAUCUGUUUUAGCCGCUGCGACUGACUACUUCACACCGCUGCUGAGUGGGCAGUUUUCGGAGUCGGUGUCUGGUCGUGUUGAUAUGAAAGAAUGGAGUUCAGAAAACGGGCCAGACCCUGAUACAGUUGAGAGCGUCAUUCAAUACAUGUAUACGGGCGAGAUCCGAGUCAGCACCUGCAAUGUUCACGAAGUGUUGGAGCUUGCAGACAGGUUCCUUCUGGUUCAGCUGAAGGACUUCUGCGGUGAGUUCCUGAAGCGCAAGCUGAGUCUGGCCAACUGCGUGGCAGUGCACAGCCUGGCACACAUGUACACGCUGGACCAGCUGGCCCUGCGGGCGGCCGACAUGAUCCGCCGCAACUUCCAUAAGGUCAUCCAGGACGAGGAGUUCCUCACGCUGCCCUUUCACCUCGUGCGGGACUGGCUGUCAGACGCCGAGAUCACGGUGGACUCUGAGGAGGCUCUGUUCGAGGCCGUGGUCAAGUGGGUGCAGCGGAAUGCGGCGGAGCGCGAGCGCUACUUUGAGGAGCUGUUUCGCCUCCUGCGCCUGCCGCAGAUCAAGCCCACCUACCUGACGCGCGCCGUCAAGAACGAGCGGCAGGUGGCGGCCAGCGAGGCCUGCCUGAGGCUGGUGGCCGAGGCGGUGGAGGGCCACGCCAUCCGCUUCGAGAACCUCAAGUCGGCCGACGUGGAGCUGUGGUCCUCGUACGCCGCGUCCUUCCAGCCGCGCUUCGGCCAGAACAUGGACGUGAUCAUGGUGGUGGGCGGCGUGUCGGAGGGCGGCGACUACCUGAGCGAGUGCGUGGGCUACUUCAUCUACGAGGACCGCUGGGUCAACCUGCCGCACAUCCACAACCACCUGGACGGGCACGCCAUCGCCGCCACCGACACACACGUCUACGUGGCCGGCUCCAUGGAGCCCGGCUUCGCCAAGACCGUCGAGCGCUACAACCCCAACCGCAACACCUGGGAGCAGGUGAGCAACCUGACCACGCGCAAGCACUCCUUCGGCCUGACGUGCGUCAAGAACAUCCUGUACAGCAUCGGCGGCCACGGCAACUUCAGCCCGGGCUUCAAGGACGUCAGCGUGUACGAGCCCGACCAGGACAAGUGGCACAACCUGGAGUCGGCGCCCAAGAUCCUGCGCGACGUCAAGGCGGUCAGCGUGGAGGACCGCUACGUGUACGUGACGGCGCGCACGCCCGUGGACACGGACAACGAGGACGGCCUGAAGACGGUGACCACGCGCUACGACACGGAGACGCGGCAGUGGCAGGACGUGGACUCGCUGCCCCUGGUGGACAACUACUGCCUGUUCCAGAUGGCCGUGGCCUCCACCAACUUCUACCACACGGCCUCGUGCUGCCCCAAGAGCUACUCCGGCGUGCGCGACGAGGCGGCGCGGCAGAAGAUCAGCGGCCGCGUCUCGGACGAGAUCCUGGAGAGCCUGCCGCCGGAGGUGAUCGGCGUGGAGGGCGCCGCCGUCUGCCACUUCCACCAGGACGUCUUCGUCAUCGGCGGCUGGAAGAACAGCGACGACGUGGACAAGCAGUACCGCAAGGAGGCGUACCGCUACUGCGCCGAGCGCAAGCGCUGGAUGCUGCUGCCGCCCAUGCCCCAGCCCCGGUGCCGCGCCACCGCCUGCCACGUGCGCAUCCCCUACCGCUUCCUGUACGGCUGCCAGCGCUACCCCAUGCCGCAGAACCUGGCGCGCCAGCGCGACCGCAUGCAGCAAAUGCAGCAGCUGCACCGGCGCACGCUCACCCUGCGCCGACAGCUGCAGUCGCAGAUCGAGUGCUGAGGACCAGGACACGGAGCGAGGCGGAGCGAGGCGGAGCGGAGCGGGGCGCUUCAUCGCGCAGGUGCCGCAGGCCGGUCGAGGGCCGAUGCCACCUCUCGUCCCUCGUGGCCCCACCCCCGCACCAGACCCACUCCCACCCCACCCGUCCUUUGGAACAUCAGUCCAGCGUCCUCCCAGAUGAAGCGUAGGCAGGCGUUUCAGUGGCAGAGUGUGCGGCCUUCAAAAGCCCAGGCUAGUCUUCACAGCCAUCCGCACGUCGAGUCCAUCCAUCUUCACGGCAUCCGCCACUACGCACGUGGUCUUGACCACCUCCAUCCCAUUUGUUUUCAGACCUUUGCAAGGACCAUCAGGCUCUCUGCUUAAGGGUGUGCUUGGCGUGAAGGGUGGCCUCAGAGUGGUGUCGAGGGCAAAGCUGGUGGAGGGGGUUGGCAUGCCAUAUUGCACAGCAUCUUAGCUGAGUUUCAUGCCAUGCAGGCUGGUGGCUAUGAGAAGUUUCACUUUGAGAGUAACGGUGAGAUGCAUUUGAUUUUGACGCCGCUGGAAGGGACAGCCAGUCCGAAUGUAUUGCAUCAAUAGGAUUUCUAAACAGAGACCAAAAUGUGGAAACAGCUUUUAAAGUCGCGCACAUGUGUUGUGUAUUUUAAUGUGUAUAUAGAGAGAACAGAGUAUAUAUAAAUAUACAUAUGUAUAUGCGUGUAUCCUCGUGGCCAAAUCAAUAUGUAGCAGGUUAUAGUGCGAUCACAAAUCAGAGCUGUGAAGGUCCACGUGGCUCUGUCUUCAUGGACGGACCACGUUCCAUUCCAAUCAUAUGUCUUCACUCAUGAAAGACAAAAGGAAAUAUUGCCCAAACUGACAUUCCAGCAUGAAAACCACAUUCUCAAGAUAAAUAGAUUCAGACCAGACAGCUUAGCAUAGCUAGCUUUUCUGCAGCAUUAGAGCACCUUUGUGACUUGCGCUUCUAGCUUUGCUGUUACGACUGUGUUUGAGGGGGUAAUCCACAGGUUGCAAAGGUAGUAGUUUAGUCGGGAAAGGAGCGUGAAAUCCUCUGAGGGUCCAUGGCUCUGCUCCUUACACUAAUGUUCUUUUGCUCUCCAAGCACUCAGUUAGGGCUCGUAGGGUACGCUGUUUUGUCUUAAGCUCCGCCCAUCACCAGCACAAGGGGUCUACAUGGCAGCAAGAGGAAAGUUGAGGAACUCCUAGAUGGAAAUGCGGAAUUGCAACACUAGAAUACUAGAUGGGUGGAGAGAGGGAGAGAAGAUUACGUUGUAGAUAGGUAGAAAAGACCGGAAGGUUGUUCCUUUUCUGUCUCAACAUUGUUUUACAUCAGACUUCUGACAUUUCUGUCGAAUCACAUUUCAUUCCACUACAUAUUGUUACGUUGUUGUUCUGAAUUGUGUUGCUGUUGACAUUGUUUUUUUUGGGUUUUUUUAUCCUUCUUAGUUGGUUCUUAACUAACUUGGAUGGGUAAGGCUAUGUUGGCUUAACUGGCCUUCAUCUCUAUGGUGCAGCAUCUCCCUGUCUUGUGUCCUGACACGCCCAUCAUCUACUUUCUGAACUUGCUUCACAGGGGCAGAACCUUUCCCUUCUGCCUCGUCAUCCAUAUCCAGGUCUGCAGUACUGGAUGCCUUUGUGUGUGUGUGUGUGUGUGUAUGUAUGUGUGUACAGGACAGAGUACCAGAAAGACAAGUCCUGUUAUGUUGGGGUUUGUGUGGGACCGGGAUGGUGAGAUAAUGAGAACCAUUGGGUUUGGGGGUUAGGUUCAAUGUGUCUAUAAUAUGUGUUAAAGUUUAUCCAUCUGCUAAGCAGAGCUUUAAAGGUGAAAGUGCACUUUACAGCACAGAUGACUUUAUUAUUUACUUGUAUUAUGUACUAUUUACCAUGAUUAUGUUGUAUUUAAAGGAGCUUAUGUUAGUUUUUGUUUCAAAGUACUGAAUGUUUCAGAGGCUAACCUCCACCUCAUCAGUCUUUGCCUCAUUGGAUGAAGCAGACCAGAGACCAAAUAUCAUUUGAUAUCCGAAGUAUCCAAGGAUAUUACCAGAUGACCGAUGUUUUGACCAACUCUCCAAUCAGUUUUCGGUUACAUACAUCUGUAUCUGUCAUUUACAAAUGUCAUUCCAAUUAAAUUGAACUUUACUAAAUACAAGAUGUCAUUUUUUCCCUCUCUUCCUGUCCUUUUCCUGUCUGUUUCUACUAUGCAGCCUGUUGCUGUUGUACUAUGUUGUGUUUUUUUCCCUUUCUUCUUAAUCUGACUACUGCAAGCUUUGUGCCUGUAUAUUGGAUGAUUACGCACUUAAUGGACAUUGUAUUCUGAGUCAAUUCCAAGUUGUUUGAGAGGCUUAUGAAGAAUGUUUUUUUUUUUUUUUUUCCAACUCUAUAGAGUUUGAUUGCUACUGUGUGACAUAGCUUGACUAAUGAAUAGGCCAUGUCUUACAAAUAGUUUGUCAUAAACCUAUGUCCGAUUUAAGUUUGUCUGAGACAUCACCCCUAAUGCUUUGCCAGGAGGAUGCGUUAAGAUGACUCUGAUUGUACAAAUUUGUAUGAAACAUAUUUUGACACCGUUCUGUCUUAAGUUAAGCUAUGUUGCUAUCUCUGAGCCACAGCAGAGAGGGAAAUGGUUUAGGGGGGAAAUGCAUGCUGAACAGUUACUGAGCCUGCCCAAGAAAUCAUGCAGAAAGAUCAGCCAUUUCCUAGCUCUUUGCCUGUUUGUAUAGCAACAAAAAAUGAAAAUAAAAAAAAUGAGUCAUGAGUAUAUUUUAGGCUUUGCAUGUCAUGAACCUUGUAAUACUACAAAAACAAAAUGAUGAAAUGCUGAAAUGAAAUCAGUUUUAAUAGGUUUUUUUCCAU